UAAAUUUCACAAUCACGCGUAAAUUUGCUCGGAAAAAAAAACCCAUCUUUUUCCUUGCUUUGCCCAAUGGGCUUAGAUUGUACUGUAUAUCCUUUUCCUUAAAAUACUCUCAUUUUCAAGAAGGUAUGAAGACGAUAAACAUUUGUAAACCGUUUAAUAUUCUUCUCCUCCUGGUGUAAAUUGUAAAUGUGAUGCACGGUUUUGAUUUUAUACGUUGUUCGGACCAUUGUUUUCUGAAAUAGUGGUUUUUUUUUUAACUCUUGAAACGAUCGAAAAAUAGUUUUAGUCGAAGAAGGAGGAAAACCCUGAAGAAGAAGCUGAAGAAGAAGAAGCUGAAGCAGAAGAAGAAGAAGAAGGCUACAUUAUUUUCGGUUUUGCUGGUGCGUUUCCCCUUUAUUUUACACGUUUCUAGCUUUAUAAUGAGUUCUUUUCAGCCAGUGCGGCUCUAUACAUGCCUUCCCGUGUGGAUCGUGGAGGACCACCACAAUGUGGUUAGCCAUAUAUACCGUGCCAUUGCAUCAAGACAUCUGCCCAUGAAGAACAUCAAGCUUAUUCAUUUAGACUCCCAUCCAGACCUGCUAAUUCCUGUCAACUUGUGUGCUGACGUGGUUUUUGAAAAGGAAAAGUUGUUUAGUGAGUUGAGCAUAGAAAACUGGAUCAUGCCCAUGGUUUAUGCUGGCCACAUCUCUUGUGUGGCAUGGUUGCAUCCCUACUGGGCGCAGCAAAUCAUAGAAGGGGAGCACAAGAUGACUGUAGGCAAAGACUCAUCCACCACCACCAUCAGGGUGACAAGUAAAGAUCAUUAUUUCCUCAGUGAUGGCUUGUAUGUUUCAGAGGAACAUCUUGAAAACCCAAAACCUCUUACAUUAAAUGUUAUCAAAGUCAAUCCUGUCAAUCGUCAGCAGUCUUCUACAGAAGACAUACCAAGUAUUCUCCUGCCUGUCGCUCUGAUCACCUUGGCUGUAAGUAGUCCAGUUUUCUGGAAAUUCCUCCUGUCCAUCAAGAGCUUGUCUCACCUCUUUCCAAAAGGGUGCACAACAUUCUUCCUUUCUCAACUUCCACCACAUGGUUCUCUGCUCUCCCGUAGUCUUUCUAAUCCCCCUCCCCGCCACCUGAGCCAUCCUACACAUUACCAUCCUAUGCCGUUGAGCUACAUUCUCCCCUACCACUACCUUCCAUUCAGAAGCCACCUUCAGAUGACAUCGACGCCACAAAAUGUAAUCGACGUGCGUGGUUCUACCGCCGCUCUUGUAGGUCACCCUGUGUUCGUGGUUCUUCUGGAAAGGGAGGAUGGAUUCACUCUACACCUUUCCAAAACACCUGAUAUUGCAGAAAUAAAAACAGAGGAGGACUCUGAGACUUGGCUCGCCAAGAAACCCAGAAGAGAAUGUUCACAAGUUGAGGAGGCCAGUUGCUCCAAUAUUCAAGAUGCCAGACAAGAUGAACAGAUCUCCUGUGAUUACAGUGGUGAAGAUGAAGAAGGAUCCACAAGUUAUGUUGUUCAGAGGAUAUCAACUUUUCUGACUCAUACAGAGCCAUACAUCCUUGAUAUUGAUUUAGAUUUCUUUUCCUGUAAGAAUCCAUUCAAGGAGUUAUACACUGAGGAGGAAUAUUCCAUUCUUCAGGAACUCUAUUGCUUCAGAGGACCUGUUCCGAAUGCUAACAAGGGCACCCUAUGCUCCUGCCUCUUCUGGAAAAAGGACCAGCUUGAUGAGUGUGUGGAUCGUCGUAUACGUCAGUUAGAGGAUUUAGAAGCAGCUUUUGCUGAUCUCCUAGAAGAUGAUCGAGAAGAGAUUGUUACACAGUGGGUCAGGAAACUUGGAAAGGCGUGUUUUGUCCAACUGGUUUCCAGUUUGAAGUCAAGAAAUCCUCACCCAGAUUAUGAAAUGGUACAUCAGGCAGGUUUAACCUGUGACUCAAUUGAGUUGCCUCAUCAUAUUAGCUCUGAUGAAGAGAUUGACAGACUAGUGUCAGCUGUACAACGGCUUCUGGAGCACCUGCCCAAACCUACUCUGGUGACAAUGUCCAGAUCCAGUCUAGAUGAAUACUGCCCUUUUGAGCAAGUGGAUUCAGUCCAACACAGAGUACUGGCUGUACUGGAAAAGCAGUAUGGACCAUUGGACAUACAAAAGGACUAUGAAAAUACUGACACUGUGGUUCAGGACAACCAACAUACAUCCAGCAGUCUCUUUAAGUGAUCUAAAUGGUGUUGUGACAAGCGAUCUUUGCAUGUAAAUGUCUUAUUUUCUUCUUUUUUUGUCUACAUCUUUAUAUAUUUUUUACCAAACUGAUAUAAUAUGCAUUUUUUUCAUUGUAGCACACAAGUUUUAUUACUUUGAGUGGCCUCUCUGAUGCUAAAAAAAAAAAAGAAAAAGAAAACCAAGGACAAUUUAUUUGAAGUUAAUUUCAUCCAUAUGCGUAAAGUCAUAUGCAAUGUAAGCUAAAAUAGACGAAGACUGGAAAAAAAUUAAGGGAAGCAUU